AUGGCGGCUGGAGCUUGGUUUCUUUGGCAUGGUGCCCCUAGCUUCGGUGGAGUCCAACAAGGACUGCUCGGGAAGGUAGCAGAUGAGGCAGUGUCAAAUCCAAUGGGAGGUGUGUCGUUGAACCAGCCGUUGAUCAACGACGACCCGCUGCCCCUGCCCCUGCCCGGCAGUAUCGCCAAGGGUGAUCAAAUUGAAGGCUUGUUGUCAGCUGGAUGGACAAAUGAGCGGCACAGCUCGUACAUGAGCUCCAUGGAGGCUUCUUUCGUGGAGCAACUUUAUGUCCAAGAGAACUGCAACUAUGAUGCUAAUAAGAACAAUCUCCGCAAUAUCGCUAUAAACAGCCUCCCUGAGAAUCCAUGGGUAAGGCGUUUCAAGCCACGUGGUGCCUGUGUGAAUCACCGUGCUAAUGGGAUGGAACCUAUUGUUGAUGAUUAUGGGUCAGGAUGCAUGGCGGUGGCCCUCGCCAGGCCGCGCGGAGCUGCGCUCGACGCCCUGCCCCAGGCGCACGACGGCGGCCCUAGCCAGGCUGCCCGGAGUCGAGCUCGAAGCCCUGACCUAGGCCACGCGGCGGCGGUCCUCACCAAGUUGCUUGGAGCUGCACUCGCUGGCCCGCCCCGUGCUACGCAGCGGUGCCCUCACGACCUCACUGGAUCGUUGUGCUCCGCCACCUGCAGGUGUCAUCACCAGGGAAUUAGUUACAAUCUAAUCUGCAUUUCUAGGAUGCUUCUCAAGAGAAGAUUACCAUAUUUCGUCACUUCCAUGUUUCGUUGUCAAUCAUUAGACUACGAAUUUGAUAAUGAUGAGUUUCAUGCAACUGUUCAUGGUACCUUGCCAUAUCACAAUCUGAGGCCUGACCUUGUUUUGAGGACCCUCCUACUUUCAAUUCCAUAG